AUGUCUUCCGAAUCCUACACUACUACCGAAAGCACACAUACCGUCUCCUCUCCAGACCCCAGCACCCUCUACACCAAGACCUGGAAACCCAUCACCACCAGCCCGCCAACCGCCCUCCUCGUCUUCAUACACGGCUACUCAGACCACUGCAACGCCUACGGCAUCCUCUUCCCCCACCUCGCCAGUCGCGGCAUCGAAGUGCGAGCGAUCGACCAACGCGGCUGGGGCCGUUCAGUCCGGAAGCCCACCGACAAGGGUGACUCCGGCGGGACGGACAGAGUCCUAGGAGACAUUACUUCCUUCUUGCGGGAGGUCAUCGCGGACAACAACAGGGAACACAAGGAUGUGCCAAUAUUUCUGAUGGGCCACUCCAUGGGCGGCGCAGAGGUCCUGCACUACGCCGCCUCGGGCCCGGAAGACGUGAAAAGGCAUAUCAGGGGUUAUCUGGCUGAGGCUCCGCUUGUGGCGCUGCACCCGGCAACCAGACCGUGGGGGACUACGGUUGUGCUGGGGCGGGUGGCAGCGAAGAUUGCGCCGAAGACGCAGAAGGUGAAUAAGCUUGAUGAGAAGCUGUUGUCGAGGGAUCCAGAGGUGCAACGCGCCUUUGUCGACGAUGAGCUGUGUCAUGAUACGGGGACGCUGGAGCAGUUGGCGGGGAUGUUGGAUCGGGGGCUGGCGUUGGAGAGGGGGAAUGUGAGGAUACCGAGGGAUGUUAGGAGUGUGUGGAUCAGUCACGGGACGGAUGAUGGGGUUUGUGAGUUCAAGGCUGCCAAGGAUAUGUUUGAGAGGAUGGAGGUGGAGGACAAGGAGUUCAAGGCGUAUCAAGGGUGGUACCACAAGUUGCAUGCUGAACCAGGAGAGGACAAAACUAUCUUCGCUGACGAUGUUGCGGACUGGAUUCUGGCACGCUGCGACCAGCCAUCUUCCAUGCAGGCUAAAUCAAAGCUCUGA